CCGCUCUCCUCCUCUCCGCCGGAAAACCCUCUAUUCCUCCCACCUCCUCGUCCUCAAUGGUAUCAAAGAAGCUUUCCCGUCGUCGUCUCGUCGAAGGUCGAGACACGGGCGAACAAUUCAAGAACGUCGUCAAGAAAGAAGGCUCAAUCUAUUAAACCCUAGCAAUCCAUUUUGAUAUAGCAUUAAUUUUCCGGCGGAUCCUGAUGUUGGUAUGAUAAAUCUGUCUUUCUUGAUAGUUAUUGUGUAUCUUUCUUCCUUGUUUGUAGUUCUAUAUUUUCUGACUAAUUCUGAGAUCUGCUCUGGUUCAACCCUAGAAAACCAAUUUAUUUCUUAUCUUUUUGCCAUGGUUUCAGAUUUCUGAGAUUUUUUUGGCUUUAACCCGAGAAAAUCAAAUUUAUGUCUUUCUUUUGUGCUAAGAGGUCAAAUUCUAGAAACCUAUUUUGAUAGUGGCAUCAGUUUCCUGGAUUAUGGUAUGUAUGCGUUUGUCGCAUUUAUUCAAUCAGAUAACUUUUUGCAAGUGUUUGUUCCUUUCUGUCAAGGUCUGAGGUGUUUGAGAUCCGUCCCAAAUCAAACCUAGAAGGCUCAAGCCACAUUAUCCAGAAUCUGGCCAUGGCUAUUGAUAGUGAGUAUGAUAACUAUUUACAAGAAGAUGGGUCACCAACAGGAGAGAGAGUGAGUGGAGACACUGCCAUGGCGGUUUUAACGAGAACAGAGCUGGACCUAGCAUAUUCUUCGGAAAAAUUACUGAACUUGGAGAUACUUUUGAUGCAAGUGUCAAGCAGAGCAAGUGAUUUUGAAGCUCUGACCACAGAGUAUGAGGACAUCUCUAAUGAGUCCAUUGAGAAGGCCUUUGAAUUUGAUGCUUUGUCUGGAAUUUUGAACAUGGAGGUCAAAGAACUAGACAACUUUAUGGCUUCGCUCCAAAUGGAAAUCAUGGAUGCCCACCCGAAGCUUUCUUGGGAUGACCACUUGGGAGAAUCAUCAAUAAAAAUAGAAGAGAAGUUGCGUGAUGCUGAGGAAUCCAUAAAGCAGUUACAAGAUUUAAUUGCUGAUAUUAGAAUGCAAUCAGCCAAGUUUGAAGGAACCCUAGCUUUUGCUCAUAAUGAAACUCGGACUGGUGGAGAUGAAGAGAUGGAGAAUGGCCAUUUUUCUUCCAUGAAUAGUAAGUGGAAACUGCAGACAGUGGAUCAGCAAAGACAUCUUCUACAGAUACUGGAGAAAUCUUUGGCCAGGGAGAUGGAUCUUGAAAAGAAGCUGUCAGAUUCAAGAUCUAAUGAAGAGGACCUCAAAUUAAAGCUGCACUAUGCAGAAAGGGAGUCAUAUUUAAUGGAAGAAACACUGGAAAUGGUUUUGGAGAAAAUGUUUGAGGCAGAAAAUGCUGCCGAGCUCCUUCUGGGCAUUGCAAAAGAAUUAAUAGGAAAGUUCCAGAUUGUUCAGCUAAACCUAAAUGGGUCAUUACAUAGAGAAUGUGAAAUGAGAACCAAGUUGCAGGAAAGUAUGACGAAAUUAUCUGCUGAAGAAAGUGCUCUGGAGAAGCUGAAAACUAGUUGUGCAGAACUUGAUAACAUCCUUGUAGUACAAGAAAAUGGCCUAAAAGCCAGCCUUAUAGAAGCUGAUUGUAAAUGCAUGCUUGUUAGUUCUGAUGUCUUGACUUUAAUAGAAAAGGUGAGAGCACUUGAGGAGCAGUUAAGUGAAUCUGAUAUCCAGUUGCAGAUGGCAAAGGCCUCUGUUGAAGCUAGUCAGGAACAGCAGACUUUGUUACAUUCUGAACUUAGUCAGCUGGAAAAUGUAAUUGAGGGUCUGAAGGAAAAUGUCUGGAAAACAGAAAGCAGGGCUGAAAGUGCAGAAGCUAGGCGUAUGCAAUUAACUAAAACUAACAUGGAACUUAAUGAGAAUCUAGGUUUACUUAGAAAUAGUGGAUCAGAAAAGGCAAUAUUGUUAGAGAAGAAGCUCAAGGAAUCAAAUAGACAGUUAGAACAUGCAAAAGCAUCUGUUGAAGCGAUGGAGCAGCAGCAGAAUAUGUUAUACACUGCACUUAGGGAUAUGGAACAUAUUAAUAAGGAACUUAAGGGAAAGGUUGCAAAAGCUGAAAGUAGGGCUGAGAAUGCUGAAUCUAAGUGUACUCUGUUAACUGAAACCAAUUUGGAACUAAAUGAAGAGCUGGGUUAUGUGAGAAGCAGAUUGGAAUGUUUAGAGACAUCUUUGAAUCAGACCGAUGAUGCGAAAGUAGCCACUGCCAAGGACAUUGGUAUCAGGAGUAAAAUCAUUACUGACCUUGUUAUGAAACUAUCAUUGGAAAGAGAGUGUCUUCAAUUACAGAUAUCUGCAUUAAGAAAAAAGAACAAAGUCCUGGCGGAGAGAUGCAAAACAAAGGAUAAUGCCCCUAUUACUCCGAGCCACAAGGGCAGCGAUGAUGGGAAUGAAUUUAGUAUCCUAAAACAAUCUGAAGAAGCAUUAACAGAAUCUUCAACUACAAAUUUCCAGGUAGUCAAUUUUUUAAUAUUCAUAUGUUUCUUUAAUGAAGUAAGCUUCAGAUAGGGAGAUAAUGAUAGUUUUAAAAUAUUUUUGCACUGACAUGUUAAAUGUCAGUAUUACAGAAGAAUUUGGUUAUCAUGGUAGUCAAGUGGAAAAUAAUAAUUUUUCCCAACUUACGCGCAUAUAUUCGUGCAAUGAUAUAGUUUAUAGCAGUUGCAGGCUUCAUGUUUGGUAGCAAGUACAUGUGUAUAUGAAAAAUUAUUUUAGCAUAUGUUGGUAUUUCAGUCAUGUAUGGAGACAUAAGUGAUGGGUUGCAUCU